AACCUCAAUUUUUUUCUAAAAAUAUGAGAUCACAUUUGACAUAUAAUAACAUAAUUCUGCAAUUGACAAAUUAAUGGUUUAUUAUUGAAUGGUCGUAUAAAAUAAUUUUACAAUGUUAAUACAUCCAUUAAACUCAAAAUUAAUUUCCUCAUGGUGGUUGCAUGAAAAGGUAUUUGAGACACAACUCAACUAUAAAUAAUACCACUUAUUAUUAUGGAAUCAUUGAGGAAGUACAAGAGGGAGAGAUUAUAAAAGGGUCAUAGCUUUCUUUUGACGCAAAAAGGGUCAUAGCUAGAACUAGAAUCACAUUUGUGGUAAGUUAUAUAUUACUCCAAAAGGUAUAAACACUAUGGAGGGAAUGGAUAGAACAAGAUCAACAUGCCGUUUGGUAACUGUUACAAAUGAGUUGCAAAAUCGUAUAACCCAAAAGCAAUCAAUGUACCCUCCUGGCUUUCCAAGAAAGGUAUUUGCAGAAGUUAUAGGGACAUAUUUGUUGGUGUUUGUCGGAAGUGGGACUGCUGCUAUGAAUGCAAUUGAUGAAAACAAAGUGUCAAAAUUGGGAGCAUCACUUGCAAGUGGAUUCAUUGUUACUGUUAUGAUUUAUGCAAUUGGACACAUCUCUGGUGCACACAUGAAUCCGGCUGUUUCCUUAGCUUUUGCCACCGUUAACCAUUUUCCUUGGAAACAGAUCCCAUUUUACAUUGCAGCUCAACUCACAGGAGCAAUUUCUGCUUCAUAUACACUUAGAGUGUUGUUAGAACCAUCAAAGCAGCUAGGGGCAACAUCACCUUCUGGAUCAAACAUUCAAGCAUUAAUCAUAGAAACUGUCACCACCUUCACCAUGGUGUUCAUUUCCACGGCGGUCGCCACAGACUCAAAAGCGACUAGAGAGCUUGCUGGAGUAGCAGUAGGUUCAUCUGUUUGCAUAGCAAGCAUUGUUGCUGGACCAAUAUCAGGUGGGUCAAUGAACCCAGCAAGGACAUUAGGUCCUGCAAUUGCUACUACAUCCUACAAAGGAAUUUGGGUCUAUAUGGUUGGACCAAUUACUGGUGCACUUUUAGGUGCAUGGUCUUAUGUUGUGAUUCAGGAGACAAAUCAUAAACAAGAUAUUGCAACUUCACAAACUCCUCUUUCAAUCAAGUUACACAAUGAUAUGAGUGGGAUUGAGCUAUAGCUUGUGACAAGGACAAACCAAAUCAUCAUAAGUGUGAGAAUAUAGUAUAUUUUAAUUUGGUGCUUGGAUGUGAGGAACAUAAUUUUGGAAUGUGAUCUUGCAAGUGCUAUUUGGUAUAAGAUUUUUAAUGGUUCUACCAAGGGACCUAUUCACCUUGUUGGAAAAUUGUUGCUUUUAUCUUAAACACAAAAAGAUGAUGCAAGGAUUGGUCGUUGAUUUGGCACGCAACAUUGUGGUCUAUAUAGAAAGCGCAAAAUGAUUUAGUUUUUUCAAGAAUACAUCAAUGUGGCGAAAGUCUUGGACCCUUUCAAAAGUAUUUCGUGACGGUGGUUCUUAGCGGAACAAUCUAGUGGGUGUAUAUAUAAAUUGAGAACUUUUGUGGUUCUUUGUUUUGUGGGUGUACUACCACUUUCAAGUUGUGGGUGUGGUAUUAUUUGUAUUUUCCCCAUUAUUAAUCAUUAUAAAUUUCAUAUUAAAUGUUAAGAAUUUAUGUGAUUUUAUUGAA